UUAAAAUUUACUCAUUCUUUCGUUGUCUUUAGUCGGUGAAGGUUGCUUUAAAUUUCACCUUAAACAUGAUAAGGAACAAAUUUCUUUCCUUAUCACUGCUUUUAAUAGCUUUAGUGUCAACUUACUUAGUAAAUUGUGAUAGUGAAGGAACAUUUACAAUUGCUGCAGGAACUUUGCUUAAAUUUCAUCAACCUUAUCGAGUUGCUGUUGCUUAUCAAGGAUAUAAGCAUGAUAAAGUUCUACAAAUUGGAAUCAAGCAGGUUGAAAGUAACUCAUCAAUCUAUGAAAACUUUAAGAAUGUUACUUUAAGAGGUGAUGGACUGCAGAAUAUCGAUUUUGAUUUGAGUAAGCAACCAGAAGGUUAUUAUGUGCUCAAAGUUGACAGUAUGAGUGGCGAAGAUUUUAAUUCAACAAGAUCACUUCAUAUGAACAUUAAAAAGUAUUCAACCUUCAUUCAAACUGACAAAAGUGUCUAUAAACCCGGUGAUAUUGUCAAGUUUCGUAUUGUAAUUUUGGAUGUUGAUACAAAACCUUUUAAGUUCGAUGACAUUGAGAUCUUCAUUACAGAUGGUGGUGAACAUCAAGUUAAAAAGUUUGAGGAUCCAAAGUCUAAGUUUGUUAAAGGAGUUUAUAAAAAUGAGCUUCAAUUGUCAGAUUCGUUAGUUCAAGGAAGAUGGCAGAUACAUGUCCGUGUUAAUGAUAAUGAAUUCAAGAGUAAGAGCUUUGAUAUAGAGGAAUAUGAUUUGCCAAAGUUUGAGCUUGUCUUGGAUGUUGAGCCUGCAAACUAUAAAGAUGGAAAGAUUCGAGCGACAGUCAAGGCAAAAUACACAUUUGGAAAGAUGGCAAAAGGAACAGCAAAAGUGACAGCAGUUGUAAAUCAAAACACUUACCAUUUCCGUAGAAGAUAUAAGCCUGAUAAGAAGGAUUUAACAACAGUUAUAAAACACAUUGAUGUCGAUGGCAAAAAGUUUGUUGAAUUUGACAUGGAAAGUGAACUGAAAAUGAAUAAAAGCAGCUACAACAAUAAUGUCGUACUUACAGCAACAUUUGUAGAAGAAAUAACUAAAAAAGAAGUGAAUGUCACCAAGUAUGUCCACAUUGAAAGAUCGCCAUACAAACUCGAUAUUUCCUAUGAUAAAUACAGUGUAAAGUCAGGACUUCCAUUUAAAUUUACAGCAAAAUUGUCACUUCAUGACAAGGACAUGCCAAUCACAGAUAAGAACAAUCCAAUCAAGUUCCACUUACAAUACAAAUAUGACGUCAUGUCUACUUGCAUUACAAGAGACUACCCCAAAGAUUUUGAUCCUUGGUUCAAAGUUCGAAAUCCUAACAGCACAGUGACUCAACGAACAUUAACUGAAGAUGAUCUUAUUAAGAAGGAGAUUGAAUGCAGAGAUGAGAGGAGUAUUGAUGAAGUUAAGGAAGCUUAUCCAGUUAAUGGAUUAGCUGAGGCUUAUGUUAUAAUCUCUGGAAAUAUUACGGAAGUGGAAAUUAAGCUAUCUUAUUUGGAUACAGAAACCUAUACACAAAGAGUCAAAACUUCAAUUUCUGCAAACAAUCAGUUCCUCCAAGCUCAUGUCAUAUCGAAAGAAAUUUCGACAGGACAAAACAUCAAAAUCCGCGUUGAAUCAAACACAAUAAUCAAGUACCUGAUUUACAAAGUCAUUGGUGGAUCAAAUAUGAUUGAUUCUAAACUAGUAAGAUUCAAUCCUUCUAAAGAAUAUACUUUAGAAAUUAUGACUACACCUUCGAUGGGCUCAUCAGUUGAUGUUCUUGUUUACUACAUCACAGAAGAUGGAGAACUAGUGUCCGAUAAAGUUGAUGUCAAUAUUGAUAACUUAGGAAAUUAUAUGAAUCUGCAUUUAUCUACUGAACAAGCUGAACCAUCUGAAAAUAUCAACAUAACCAUUGACAGCAAUCCACAUUCAUAUAUUGGAUUGCUCGGUGUUGACCAAAGUGUGCUUCUCGUGAAACAUCCAGAAAAUGAUAUUGACAGUUCAGCUAUUGCUAGAGAAAAGAUGUAUUAUCAAAGUUAUGACAUAUAUAAUGACAACUCAUAUGGAUAUAAAGCAUACAGGAAUUAUGAAGAUUUUAGAUUAGGAAUUUUUGCUAUCUCAAAUGCAAAACCAACACAAGAACGUGAGAGCAUCCCAAUGUGCUAUGAUGACACCAAAGAUUAUCCAUUGGAUGGUUACAAUAAGAGACCAGAAUACGAUUUACAAUCAGCCUCUGCUUAUGGUGACUCAUCUGGCAUGAGUGUGUUUAAAGGAGGACAAAUAUCUGCUGGAAACAGACCAAUUAAAAUUCGAAAGGAAUUUCCAGAAACUUGGUUGUUUGAAGAUUUUGACAUGGAAAAUAGUAACAAGCAUGUCUUAACCAAAAAAGUCCCGGACACAAUAACAUCAUGGAUCAUCACUGGAUUCUCACUCAAUCCCAAUCUUGGUUUAGGACUCACAAAGGAACCAACAAAGUUGAAUGUUUUCCAGCCAUUCUUUGUGUCAACAAAUCUUCCAUAUUCUAUUAAACGCGGUGAAGUUGUCUCAAUUCCAUUUUCUGUCUUCAACUAUUUAGGAACUGACCAAAAUGUCAUCGUUAAGUUCUUCAAUUCUGAUCGUGAUUUUGAGUUUGUGGAAGUUAAUGAUGCUGAAAAUUCAGUCAGUCGUCAGAAGCGUGCACUUGAAAAGGAACGGACAAAAGAAAUUCUUGUCAAAUCCAAUGAAGGUAGUUCCAUUUCAUUUAUGAUUCGUCCAUUGAAAGUUGGUCACAUAACAAUAAAAGUUACUGCUGAAUCACAACUUGCUGGUGAUGGAGUUGAACGACAAUUGAAAGUUGAACCUGAAGGAGUUACUCAAUAUUUCAAUGAAGCUGUCUUUGUUGACUUAAGGAACCAGAAGAAUUUAAGGAAGAACAUUCAAAUCACAGUUCCAUCAGAUGCUGUUGAGGAUUCAACAAGAAUGGAAGCUUCAGUUAUUGGUGACAUUCUUGGACCAACACUUGAGAAUCUUGAUAAUCUUAUACAACUUCCAUAUGGAUGUGCUGAACAGAACAUGCUGAAAUUCGUACCUAAUAUUCUUGUCCUUGAAUAUCUCACAAAUCUCAAUAAACUUAAUCCAGAAACGGAAGCAAAACUUAAAAAGCAUCUUGAUGUUGGAUAUCAGAAGCAGUUGACAUACAAGAAUAAAGGCGGUUCCUACAGUGGAUUUGGAAUGAAAACUGAGAAUGGAUCAACAUGGUUGACUGCAUAUGUAGCAAAGUCAUUCAAUCAGGCAUCAAAAUACAUCGAUAUUGACCAAGAAGUCAUAACUGAAGCACUUGACUUUCUCAAUUCAGUUCAAAGUGAUAAUGGAAGCUUCCCUGAGUUUGGUCAUGUGUCAUACACACCAAUGCAAGGAGGAGCAUCAAAAGGAAUUGGACUGACUGCAUACACAUUAAUCACAUUCUUAGAAAAUAAGCAGCAUGGUGAGAAAUAUAAAGACACGAUUAAGAAAUCUUUAGAUUAUGUUGUGAAGAAUAUUUGGGAACUUGAUGACAUUUAUGCACUUGCCAUAGCUAGUUAUGCACUUCAACUUGCUAGACAUGAGACGAAGGAUGAGUUGCUUGCCAAAUUAAAUAAUAAAGCAGAAGAAAUGGAAGGAAUGAAAUAUUGGAAGAAGGAAAUUGUUGAAGAUGAAGGAAGAGCUUAUUGGUUCUAUAGACGUAGAAGUACAGUCAAUGUUGAAAUGACAUCAUAUGCUAUGCUUGCAUUCAUUUUAGCUGGUCAUGAUCAACAAACAAUUCCAAUCAUGAAAUGGCUUGUGUCACAAAGAAAUUAUCGUGGUGGAUUCCAAUCAACACAAGAUACUGUCGUUGGACUUCAAGCUUUAUCUCAGUUGGCAUCAAAAAUUCCAUUCAGCAACAAUCAAAUGAGAAUUUCUAUAAAACCUGAAAAUUCAGCACAAAAAUCAUUUGACUUGAAUGACAAAAAUUCAUUAAUUCUUCAAAAAGCAGAACUUCCAUCAAGUUCAAGGACAUUUGAAGUCACAGCAAAUGGAACUGGAUUCGCAAUACUUCAGAUUUCUUACAAAUACAAUUUAGAUAAUGCAGGCAAACAUCCACGAUUCAAUUUAAAGCCAACAGUUGACACAACAUCAAAUAAAGAAUUUUUGAACUUGAAAGUUUGCACAAAUUUUGUUCCUGAUUCACAAGAUGACAAGUCUAAUAUGGCAAUUAUGGAAGUGACUUUACCCAGUGGAUUUACAUUCGAUAAUGAUCAUUUGACUGAACUUAUGACGACUGAGAAAGUUAAGAAAGUCGAGACAAAGGAUGGAGAUACAGUCAUAAUGGUCUACUUUGAUGACAUUGAAGCAACAUACAUUUGUCCAUCAUUUCAUGCUUAUCGUACACAUGCAGUUGCCAAUCACAAACCAGCUCCAAUUGUUGUCUAUGAUUAUUAUGAUAAUUCACGUCAUGCUCGAGCAUUCUAUAAUCCACCAGAAAUCUCAUUGUGUGACAUUUGUCAAGGUGCUAAUGAAUGCAAAGAAGCUUGUGAGGUUCCAACUGUCAAUUAAAUUGGCAGUUGCUUUACUGCUUCAAAUUGUAAGUUUUAAUGAAAAGUUAUGUCCUAUUCUGUAAAUUUUUACUGUAAAAGUUUUUAAACUUUCUCUAAUUUUAGAAAGAAUUUUUAAAAAAUAAAAACAAAUUGUUUGACUUAAUUUUUUAAGUUUACAGAUUUUAAUGUGUUUAGUAUUGUUCAAGUUAAACUACAAAUGAUCAUUGAUGGCACUAAAUUGAACUAAAGAUUCUUUCAUUUCCAUUAGUGACAUUCGACGAACUUUAUAAAAAUAAAUAAUCAAAAGAAUUGGAACUGAAACUAAAAUAAAACUCAAAAUAAUAGUAAAUGCCAAUAAUCCUAAACAUGAACAGUUCUUAGCUUCAGCUUCAUCAUUUUGUUCCUCAGAUUCUUUCCAAUUUGAUGAUUCAUCAACUCUCGGCUUACAAUUUUCGUAAAUUUCAGCUGUAAUGUUGGACUUUAACCACCGAUCAUAAAUUGUGUGCAUUACACAUGGAUUAAAAUUGAAAUAAAUCCUUUCAAGUUUCUUCAAUUCAUUAAAAACAUUUGGUUCAACAUGCUGGAUUUGAUUGUGCUCUAACGAAAUUUCUGUUAAUUUUAAAUUAAACUUGAAUAAAUCUUGUUCAAUGACUUGAAUGUCAUUUCCUUCAAAUGAGAGAGUUUUGAGCUCCGUGAAUGGUUCUAAGUUGUACUGAUGAACUUCUCGUAAUUUUGAAUAUUUUAUUGAUAAUGAUGUAAGGUUUCCUAGUUUGGUUUCUAUCCCAAAUGGGAUGUAGUAGACAACGCUUGCUGUGAUAGUAAGCGAAACUUUUUUGACACUUGAACUGUAGCUAAAAUGUGGAUAUGAACUGUUAGAUAUGAGAAAUUAUUUUCAAGAGAUAUAAGCAAAGGAAGGUCGACGAUCA